AUCCGUUAUAGAAACGUCAAUAAGACUGUUCUUUUUGGCUGAACUUGGUGUCGGUGCUUCUCGUGGCCGCGUCUCAGACUCCAGACUGUAAUCACUCACUAAAGAGUUGUCUCGAAUAUCAGUCAAAAUGAAAAGAACGAAACCGAGAACUAGAUGUACGUUGCCCAGCAACUCAAAAAACAUAGGGACACAGACUGAAAAUUUUGAUAGUCUUGUAGAGAUUGCCAAGUUGGAAGAACAAGUAAAAGUAAUGCAACUUGAGAUUAAUGUCUUAAGAAAACAUAUGGAAAACUUGAAGAAGCCCGAUGAUGUUGUACAUCAUAAGACUGUUCCUCUCACUUCAUUGGCAAUGGCCAAACUUAACUUGGAAAAAUCUGGUUGUGGCUGUAAAGGAAAUUGUUCAUCACGGAUUUGUGGUUGCGUAAAGAAGAACAACAAGUGUAACCUAUCGUGUAAAUGUGAUGAUAAAGCAUGUCAAAAUCAGAAAUUGGAUCAAAAUCAAGAAGAUAAAGAAAAUAUUAACGCAACUAUUGUAACUCCUAAGAAUAGAAACAGGAAGAAAAAUGAAACUACAAAGAAACUCAAUAGGCAUCUGUUUAGUCCAGAUAUGGGAGAGCUCUCCAAAGUUUUUGAAAAUAUUCAAUUUAGUGGUAUCGAAUUUAGUUCUAAUGAGAAGAAUAUGGUUGUCACAAACUCACAAACAGAUUCACAUAGUGUCAACAAUGUAGAACUUAAGGAAAAAGAGAAGAAGAAAGAAGAAAACUUUGAUCCAAUGAAACCGAGACAUCAAUUAUCACGAACACCACCAAAAAAGCUUGAGAAAUCAUUGGAGAUUGAAAUUCCAAUUCAGCCUCAAUUACAUUCUAAACGAACUCUAGAAGUAAUAUCUUCCCGUAGAUACCAAGAUACUAAAGAAGAAAGAGUUGAUUGGGAAGAACACACUGCACAAUUAAUUCCUUGCAAAAAAUGCAAAAGGACUUUCAUGCCUAAUCGGAUCCAGAAACAUGAAACUUGCUGUCUAGGAUCUAAAUAAUGAAGGAUUUAAAUAUUGAAAGGAUCUAAAUAUUGAAAAAGCAAACACU